UACAUUUACAGAAAAUAAAAGAAUAAAAAGAAAAAUUAGCACGUAAGCUAAAUUACAACAUAAAAUAUUUAGGGCCUCAAAUGUAAAGUCCAGACAUAGAGCCUCAUUUCCUAGUCAAAAAGUAAACUUUUUAUCAUGUAUUGAAAGAAAGCAGAUCUUGAAAAAAUAUGAGAAGUUGCCUUGAAGGUUCCUUACCCACUUUUACUUUUGUAUUGAAAGAAAGUGCGCCAAUGAAAAAAGAUAUUUCAGCGUUUGACCACUUUCGUAGCUGCCAAUGUAGGCCCAUGUGUGCAAUUUAGAAAUAUUGGCGAUGUGCCCUCUCACCUUUAGUAAGUUGUAAAGUUGUAACUAUAUAGGAGCUCUUAAAUUCGAGAUGAGAGAAAGAACUGAUAGUAGUUUUUUAAAGAGUAUUUCAAACCUAUAAUUUAUGGUAACUAUUUUUUAUAUUAUUUUUUAAAUAGAAAUGAACUAAUUAAAAAUAAUUAUAACAUUUAUGAUUCUGUAAAUUAAAGACAAGAAUUGGAGUUAAAAUUUUAUAAAUAAUUUUUAAAAUAAUUUUUAUAUAUUUUUAGUUAAAAUUUAAGUACAUGCUCUGAAUUAAAAGACCACGUCAGUAAAUUAAAGAAAAUUCAGCAUUUGAUGACUUGAAGUUGAAACCGAAGUUCCCCACACCUAAAAGAGUCAAAAAAAUAAAAAAAGAGAGUUCUCACACCUUUGACUUAGUCACAUCCACAUUGAAGGGUCUGGAAGUUGCUUCGUCAAGCCUCAUAAAUCUAACCAGAGCGCCGCUGCCAUAUCCAAUUCUUUGAGCUUCUCUUCAGUUUUAUCUGCCUCUUAUGACCACUCAACCAGACUCUUCUUCUCCUUCUUCUCCUCCUCCUCCUCCAUAUGACGUAUUUCUGAGUUUUAGCGGCGCGGAUACACGCACCACUUUUACAGAUCAUUUGCGCAAUGCUCUGGUUGGUAAAGGGAUCCACACCUUCAUUGAUGAUGAUGAGCUUCCAAGAGGAGAACAAAUAAAGCCAGCCCUUGUCAAAGCAAUUGAAGACUCAAGAAUUUCUGUCAUUGUAUUCUCUGAAAACUAUGCAUCUUCGAGGUGGUGUUUUGAUGAACUUGUUGAGAUCCUUCGAUGUAAACAAUCCAAGCAACAAAUAAUUUGGCCCAUUUUUUACAAGGUGGAUCCAUCUCAUGUGCGAAACCAAACAAGUAAAUUUGGUGACGCAUUUGAUGGCCUUAUUGAAAGCAAAUUCAAGGAUGACAAGGAGAAAGUGCUUAUUCAAAGCAAAUGGAGGAAAGCUCUUACGGAAGCAGCAAAUUUGUCUGGAUGGCAUUUCAAAAAGGGAGAGUAUGUUUCUAUCUUUAUCAUUUUCAAGUUUAAUUUUUUUUCUCUCUUCUGUCUCUAUAUUCUUUUGUAUGAAGCUACAUUUAUCAACAACAUCGUUGAUGGAAUCUUCAGCAAAGUACUGAGCCGCACAUCUUGGCAUGUGGCCACAUACCCAGUUGGAAUUCAAUCUCGUGUACAAGAUGUGGAAAGGCUUUUAGAUGUUGGUGGGAAUGGUCGUCGCAUGGUUGGGAUAUGGGGUCCAUCUGGAAUAGGCAAGACAACAAUUGCAAAAGCUAUAUGGAAUGCAAUUGCACAUAAGUUUGAAGGAAGUUGUUUCUUGGAAAAUGUUAGAGAAAAGUCAAUGCCACAUGGAGGCUUAAUCCAGCUACAGAAGACCCUUCUUCAUAAGUAUCUAGGCAAAAAGUUGAAAAUUCAUAGUGUUGCUGAAGGAAUUGGUGUUAUAGAAGAGCGGUUGGGGCAUAAAAAAAUUCUAUUAAUUCUGGACGAUGUGGACCAAUUGGAGCAGUUAAAAAAAUUGGCUGGAGAUGAUUGGUUUGGUGAGGGUAGUAGAGUCAUCAUAACUACACAAGAUAGCGGAUUGCUAAAACGUCAUGGAAUUGAUUUGAUAUACGAGGUCCAAAAGUUAUAUGGCAACCCAGCUCUUGAGCUUUUCAGUUUGAAUGCCUUCGGAACCAACAACCCUCCAGAGGAUUAUUUGGGACUCGCACAAAGUGCACUAGAGUAUGCUCAAGGCAUUCCACUAGCUCUAACACUUUUAGGUUCUCAUCUUCGUAAUGAAGACAAAGAUCGUUGGCGAGAUAUAUUGGAUAGUUAUGAAGGACAACCUUACACGGGUAUUCGAAAAAUUCUUCAAAAAAGUUAUGAUGCAUUAGAUAAUUCAGUGCAACAAGUUUUUCUAGACAUUGCAUGUUUCUUCAAGGGUGAAAAGAAGGACUUUGUGCUACAAAUAGUAAGCAAUUCUAAGAACAAGGUCUCCCGAGAUUGUAUUGAAGUACUCAUUGAGAAGGCAAUGAUAACUAUUCACUAUGGUAUGAUUCGGAUGCAUGACUUACUAGAAAAACUGGGCAAGGAUAUAGUUCAUGAAGAAUGCCCCAAUGAUCCUGGUAAGCGUAGUAGAUUGUGGUCACCUGAGGAUGUCUACCAUGUUCUAACGGUGGAAAAUAAUGGAACAAGAAAAAUUAAGGGCAUCAUGCUGAAGUUUUCCAAAGCAGAUGAGAUACGCUUGCAUUCAAAAUGCUUUGCUGGGAUGAUAAAUCUUGAAAUUUUCAUAAAUCGUAAUGUAUUUCUGUCUGGUGACGUUGAAUAUCUGCCCAACGAGUUGAGGUUGAUUGAUUGGGGGGGUUAUAGAUGUCAGUUGCAAUUUUUGCCAUCCGAGUUUCAUCAAGUACAUCUUGUUGACUUCAAUAUGCCUGGCGGUAGAAUCAAACGAUUGGGGAAAUUGAAGAAUAUGCCAAAGCUGACAUCUAUGAAUUUAAGGGGUUGUCAAUUCUUAGAAAAAAUUCCAGACUUAUCUGGAAGCCCAAACAUAAAGUACUUGAAUCUAAGUCAUUGUACAAGUUUGGUUGAGGUUGAUGAUUCUGUUGGGCGCCUUGAUAAACUUGUUCGAUUGAAUCUUAAAGGAUGCGUUAUGCUUAUGAGGUUUGCAACAAGACUUAGAUUGAAAUCUCUUGAAAAUCUUGAUCUUAGGGAUUGCAAAAGGCUUGAGAGUUUCCCAGAAAUAGAGGUGAAGAUGGAAUCACUAUCGAGUUUGGACAUAUUAGGAAGUGGCGUAAGAGAAUUGCCUUCAUCAAUUGCAUAUCUUACUGGGCUUCGAGAAUUGGAUCUUCGUGGAUGCUUCAAUCUUACAAGGAUUGCAACACUUAGAUUGAAAUCUCUUGAAGAACUUGAUCUUAGAAAUUGUGAAAGGCUUGAGAGUUUCCCAAAAAUAGAAGUCGAGAUGGAAUCACUAUGGAGAUUGUAUAUGAAUGGAAGUGGCAUAAGAGAAUUGCCUCCAUCAAUUGCAUAUCUUACUGGGCUUCAACAAUUGGAUCUUAGUGGAUGCUUCAAUCUUACGAGGUUUGCAACAAGACUUAGAUUGAACUCCCUGGAAAGUCUUUCCCUUCGUGAUUGCAAAAGGCUUGAGAGUUUCCUAGAACUAGAGAAUAUGCCAAAGCUGACAACUAUGAAUUUGAGGGGUUGUCAAUUCCUAAAAAAAAUCCCAGACUUAUCCGGAAUCCCAAACAUAAAGUACUUGUAUCUAUGUGAUUGUACAAGUUUGGUUGAGAUUGAUGAUUCUGUUGGACUCCUUGAUAAACUCAUUGCAUUGUAUCUUAAUGGAUGCGUUAACCUUACGAGCUUUGCAACAAGACUUAGAUUGAACUCCCUGGAAAGUCUUUCCCUUUGUGAUUGCAAAAGGCUUGAGAGUUUCCCAGAAAUAGAGGUGAAGAUGGAAUCACUAUUGAGUUUGGACAUAUCAGGAAGUGGCGUAAGAGAAUUGCCUUCAUCAAUUGCAUAUCUUACUGGGCUUUCUCACUUUAGAGCUGAUUAUUGUGAGAACCUUAAAAUUACCUCAUUACAAGGUUUAUAUGGAUUGCAACGUCUCACUCUGCUCAGUUUCUAUGGGUGCCCAAAAAUCUUUACAUUUGGGGAUACGGUGAACUCUCAAGUUUCAUCCAGCAACUCCAAAUUACAGCUGCUUCCCAACCUAUCUGGACUUGGUCUCAAAGGAUGCAAUCCCUCACAAAGUGAUUUCCUCCUGCUUCUUGAUUGCUGGUACACGUUAACAGAACUUGAUCUAUCGGGAAACAAUUUUGUCAAUCUUCCGAUAUGUUUUAGCAAAUUUGUCAACUUGGAGAGUCUUGACUUGAGUGAUUGCAAGAGUCUUCUGGAAAUUCCAGAACAAGUGCUUCCACAAAGAGUAGAAUUCGUAUCGCUGGAUAACUGCACAUCAUUGGAAAAAAUUCCAAAACUGGCUUGGGUAUUGCUGGAGAAAAUUCCAGAAUUCUCACCGGAGGCUGACAUGUAUCUGAGUUUGACCAAUUGCGUUAGACUACGCGGCUACGACAUCACAGAAAAUAUUUUUCUGAAUCAAGCUUCUGUUUCUCCUUAUUAUUUCGACAUUAAUCUUCCAGGCGAUGAUAUUCCAAAGUGGUUCAGCUGUCGUAAAGAUGCAACCCUAGUUGAAGAUUAUCUUAAUUCACUUGGAGAAGAGAGUUACACUGCUAGAUGUGAGGUUAGUUUUGAAUUUCCUCCAAAUUUAAAAUGGGAGACGUUAAGAUUGGUUCUAUGUGUUGUUAGUAAGGCUCGUGUCGAUAUUCUUGUCAAUGAAAAACUCGUCAGUACUGAAUAUCUUGACGAGGCAGAGAAAAGUCAUGUGCAGCUCAUGUGUAUUCCAUCAUUGGAACAUGGCGCGUUAGAAGAACCACUGACGUGGUUGGAGCAGGGUAAUACGUGUCAAGUUAUAUUUUGCUUGUUUGGCAGAGGGCCCACACCCAUUAAAAUACCCUGCGGGGUCCACCUAUUAGGCCACCAGGUUGCUAAUGUCACAGUUGAUCGUGGGCAAGGGCAGUGGCUGUUGCGUGAUACGAUGGCAGUGGACGAUGAUAUUCAUAAAGCAUCAGAGACUAGUCUUGGCAAGAGGCCUCGGUUAUCAGAUUUCAUGGCACUUGAUGAUGAUCAUCGUGCUAACGUCGUCGACGUUGGUGAUCAUGAAGCUCAAAGAGGAGAGGUUGAUCACCCAAAGAGGAGGCACAUUGAUCUUAACGAGGAGCCAAAGCAAUGAAGUUCCAAAGUGGAUUAUGUAAGCCCCAGGUUCAACUGUCGAAACAAACCAAAUUUUCAGGCAAUGGUCUAGUAAUCAAGAGGUGUGUUGAGGCGCCAGCAGUUUCUGAGAUUCCAUUUUAAGUUGC